CUCAAAGACAAGCUGCGACUGGUGCCCUGCCAUGGCAGAGGACGGAUAUUUGAGAAUAGAGGAGGGCUUUGCCUCUGCCAGCUCACCAAAGGCGCAAGGACGGUCACUAAAGGUGCAUGACCAUGCCAAGCGGCAUUCAAACCUCACCAUGAUCAACAUGGGUCUCAGCAAGCAGGUGCCCAACAAAGACAGCGCGGCACGAGACCAUUUGGCAAACGAACGCACGUUUCUGGCCUGGCUUCGCACCGGGCUUUCCUUGGCAGGUGCAGGCUUUGGAGUGAUAAAGUUCCUCCCGGGAGUCUCGUCAAACUUGAUCUUAGGGUUCUUUUUGAUCGGUGUGGGCAUUUGUGUCUUGGCCUUUGGUGCCCUCAGGUACUUUGAUGUGAUGGCAGCUCUUGAGAACGGCGUGUUCGCGAUCGAUACGGGUGGCGUGCUGCUGGUUUGUGGCGCAACAGCCGCCUUGGUUUUCUUGGCAUUGAUCAUUGGCAUCGUUCACAUUCUGCGACAUCGGUGACGGUCACUCCUGGACAUAAGCUGUCAAAAUUAGCGCAUGGCAUGACUGACACGGUCCUUGAUGCAGCACCCUUUGCAACCAUCCUGCGUGGC